GAUCAAAGCUUUAAUUAAAAUACAGAGAUGAAGACCUAUUUAUAGAUUUAAUCCAACAUAUGUAUGUGAUUUCUUGUCUCUUUGCAAAGUAGCCACAAUGCCCUCCACAACCGUGACUAGCCUGGGCUACACCCCUCCUGACGGAGGCUGGGGCUGGGCGGUAGUGUUUGGAUCAUUUCUAUCCAUCGGCUUUUCCUACGCCUUCCCCAAGUCCCUCACCAUCUACUUCAAGGAGGUCCAGGAGUACUUCUCCGUCUCGUACAGUGAAAUCGCAUGGGUCUCCUCCAUCAUGCUGGCCACCAUGUACGCAGGAGGACCUGUCAGCAGCAUUUUAGUCAAUCGCUACGGCAGCCGGCCAGUGGUCAUGGUUGGCGGCCUGAUGGUUGGGGUUGCUAUGGUGGCUGCUUCUUUUGGCACUACCAUAAUGCAUCUGUACAUAUGUGUAGGAGUCAUUGGAGGUCUGGGCCUUGCCUUUAACUUACAGCCUGCACUGACGAUCAUUGGGAAGUACUUCUUGGUAAAGCGACCUAUGGCGAAUGGUUUGGCCAUGGCAGGGAGUCCAGUGCUGCUGUUCACUCUGGCCCCACUCAACCAGUUCUUGUUGGACAACUUUGGCUGGAGAGGGAGCUUCUUCAUCUUGGGAGCCAUAGUGCUCAACUGCUGCGUGGCAGGGGCCUUGAUGAGGCCCAUCACGAUUACAGCCAAGCCACCUGCGAACCAGAGUGGUGGCGACGAUGAUGGAGCAGUCGGGAAGACGGACCCUCAGGCAGUCAGAUUGAUCGACGGGAAGCAGCGGCCCGAGCGGGCGGGAUGUCUAGCACGGGUGAACAAACUCAUCGACCUGUCGCUCUUCAAACACCGUGGCUACCUCAUCUACCUGGUGGGGAACGUGGUGAUGUUCUUCGGGUUCUUCGCCCCUGUUGUGUUCCUGGCCCCCUACGCCAAGCACCAGGGCACCGACGAGUACUCGGCCGCCUGCCUGCUCUCCAUCUUUGCCCUGGUGGACAUGGUGGCCCGGCCUGGGACAGGCCUGGUGUCCAACACGCGGUGGAUCCGGCCACGGAUUCAGUACUUCUUCAGCUUCUCUGUGGCGUACAACGGGGCGUGCCAUCUGGUGUGUCCCCUGUUGCCUGGCUAUACAGGCCUGGUGGUGUACGCCGUGUUCUUCGGCCUGGCCUUUGGGAUGGUGUGCGCGCUGCUUUUUGAGGUGCUGAUGGAUCUGGUGGGCGCCCAGCGGUUCUCUAGUGCUGUUGGUCUCGCCACCAUCAUAGAAUGUGGCCCCGUUCUCCUGGGGCCCCCGAUCUCUGGUAAGUCUUGUAUAAUCCUCAGAUUUACAUCUACUCAGUCCAGUAAAGUCAACAAUCUGAUAUUUCACACUACCGUCCAUCAUCUACACUUUACAACCCAGAGAUCACUUGAAACUUGUCACGCUAACGGAUGUGUGCUGUGGACUCCUUCUCCUCUAGGUGCGUUGGUCGACAUCUUCAUGGACUAUAAGUACAUGUACUUUGCGUGCGGUGUGAUGAUGCUGGUCCCUGGUCUCUUUCUCUUCAUCAUGAACUUCUUCAACUACAGAUGGCUGAAGCAGGAGGAGCAUGAGAAGAAGCGAGAGGAGCUGCCGAUGGGCUCUGCAAGAGAGCUUGCUACCAUGGAGGAGACCAAGGAUAGCGAGCAGAACAUCAAACUCAACCAGGAGAAGCAACUUACAGACUCAGAUAACAAAGAGCCUUAAUGCU